UACUUAUGCUUAAGUACCACUAAAAUUUCUUUUCAGACAAUCAUUUCGGUAAAAUAUUUAUUCUGUUGUAUCUUAAUCUAUAUUCAGAGAAGUGGCCGAAAGGAAACAAUGCCUGACGCGGUACUUUGCAUAUUUAAAGACAAGUGCCAUGGUGUCACAUCGUCUGAUAUCAUUUCAAAAUACGAGUCAUUAUCGUCUGUUUAAGCUUUUCUUUGUAGCAAUGAUCGGUUUCGAAAAAGCGCUGCAUUUCUGUGUGUUGGGUGGCAGCAUCAAAUGAAAGCGAUAUUGUGUGUAACGUGAAAAUUUUCGAUUAAUGCUUUUUAUAUUUUUGAAAAUGGUGUUAAUUGGGACUAAUAUUUGUACAGAAGAAAUAAUGAAAUCAACAUUAGCUUUGGCAGUAUUUUUGGUAAUGAAUGCCAACGGUUGUUGCAAGGAAUCGGACUUUGACGCCUACAAGCACGAAGAAACGUCCAAUCUAACAACGGAGGAUGAAAUGUUCAUCAACUUCAUGCGACCUCAGCGAUUCACUCCUGGGACACUGUUGGGACUUCUGGUGGCCUCCAUAGUUGUGAUUAUCGGCUCUUUUCUAGUACUUUGGAGAGUGUGUUGCGAUGUUGAAAUAAGACUGGAAGGCAUGGAACCUUUACGCAGCAUUUCUCAGACUGUAUCUGACGAAAGAUCACCCCCAAGGCCAAACGACAACAGAUCUGUGUCAACACAAUCUUUGCUAGGACAUAGCUGUAGAUCUAGUGUUUUAGAAAUAGCUUGAAGGUUUGGUUCAGAGUAUUCUGAACCGCAAUUCCUUUCUCGGAAGCUGCGAAUUUUACGCUUCUUGAAUGUUCAAAAAAGUGCCUAAAUAGUUUUAAGUUGAUGUGUGCUAUACGAGUAUUAGCAAUUGAGUUGAGAGGCAUUAUGCUGGAAAAGCAAAAUAGAAGUUUGGUUUGGAAACCAAGCCUGCAUUCAGGUUUUGUGAAAUAUAACUAGCUAAAUGUCAUGUGAAUGUUAAUUAUGUACGUAAGCAUGGAUGAAAUGUGCAAAUAACAGUCUACUAUAGCAAAAAUGCUAAGAGGAUGUGUUUUAACUCUUCAUUUAAGCUAUUAGAUAUUUACUAGUUGCUUACAAAUAUUUUUGCAAUUUAACACACUUAUUGUAAGUGAACUUUCUAUAAAUGUUUUCUUUCAUGUGGACUGAAAGUGUUAUUGAUUAAGCCUUUAUGUGAGUGUGAAAUGUGAAAUCAUUACCUUUAUGUGAGUGCAAUAUUUUUGUUACGAUUUCGACGAAAUUUGAGUUUAAAUUAUAAAUUAUACACUUGUGGAUAUUUUGUGUAAUACAUGUUUUAUGCAAAAUUACUUUUUCUUGGAGUAAUUUUAGGAAGAAGAUUCUUAUCUUGAAAUUUACUUUUAAGAAAUAGCCCCAUUCAAAAGUAAAGUUUACAGCUCCAAACUGUAAAAUCAUAUAAACUUCAUCCUGUAUGGAUCGAAGAUUUCAUGAUUCUCA